UCGCUUAGUGAUGACGUGUAAGGAAGCUUCCUGGUGCCGCUGUGACGGUUUAUUGAGAUGAAAAGUUGACUUUAAUGCAUUAAAGUAAUUGCCGGGAUCGAUAGGGACUGCUUGGGGUGAUGCAGUCGUCCGUGCAAGAGAUCCAUGUCUCCUCCCAAGCAGACACCUCCUACUUCCUGCGGGUGGACUGGAGUGGGCGGGGCUUGGCAUCAGGCUUCCAUCUGAUGCUGACUGAUGGACAAGAUGCUUGGCGAGGAGAAGUGAACGAGGGAAUGAUGUGCCAGGAGGCAGCCGAACUGGAGAUGCCCGAGGACGGGUACAUCCAGGACCUCCAGCAGGCGCUGACAGAGAAGGAAAGCUCCGGCUCUUACCGCUUCACCCUCUCACCGUCUCCGCCCAGUCAGAGCGCAGCGCUCACGCUGGCGUACGACAAAGUUCUGAAGGACAUCUCGUUCAGGUUGGGCUCGGUCUUGCUUAGCCCGGUCCCAGAGCCUGCAGAGGCCGUGAAAAGACUGCUGACUCACAGCCUGGAGAGGGGAUCAGCUCUGGAGCACCAAAACCAGGAGCUGGAGGAGCAGAACCGGCGACUGAGACAAGAGCAUCAACGCAUCACAGCAGAACUAAAGCGCUACGCAGACGGGAAAGCAGACCUGGAGGCAGAGCUUUACUCUCGAUUUGUGCUGGUGCUGAACGAGAAGAAAGCCAAGAUCCGCAGUCUACAGGAAACAGUCAAAGAGCUGCAGGAAGUGAGGACUGCGGAACAAAAGAAGGAUCCGCUCAAACGGGACCGAGCGGAAACACAGGAGGAAGACGAAUAUGGUGGCAGCACUGAUGACGAGCAGGAGGACCGUCGCCCUACGCCGGCUGCCAUCGCACCUUCUUGUGAGGGGCAGUCCUCCUCUCCGAGCCCAUUGGACGACACGCUGAGUGACAUCACAGACGUGGCGCCCUGUCGCAAGCGGCGCUUCCGUCACCUCGUGGCCUCUGACGCAGCGACCAGGCCGCCGCCUCAGACGCUGAGCUCUCAGAAGACGAGCAGGAAAGACUCCCCGGCAGCAGCCAAUCAGCAGCCUGUGCCGUCGCAGCGCCGUUCCGAUGUGUCAGCUGCAGCAGAGGACCUGUUUGAGGACUUCUGAUCACCAGAAGCAGCUCCACGUGGUUCUACUGGGAUGUAAGAACUGCUGGAAGUGUCUGCAGAACAUGCUGUGAAGGACCGACUGGACAUCUUUCAACAUGAAGGGACUUUGCUAGCGUGUUAGAAGCAUAUGAAUCACUUUAGACCCCCCAUCUCCUGAUGGACCACUAGAAGCUCCCAGUGGACCAUCAGGAGUCAAGGUAACAUGCAUAUAAUAUGUAAGUAACAUGACAUGCAACACGGUGCUUCUCAAAUGGUGGUGUGGUGGUUGGGGGGGGUCAUGAGAAAAAGGAGGUCCCCUUAAUUUCCCAUCCUUUUAGAUUCCUACAGGACAAAAACAUAACAGAUGCAUAUUUUUUUCUACGUUUUUUUGCUGAGGUGUCUCAACUUGAGUUCUAAUAAAGAAUGCCAAAUGUAAUUUUUAAAAAUGAUUUUUACCCCUAAAUUACCAUUUGAUUCAAUGAUGUCACUGUUUUUGCUUAUAAAAAUACAAACAAAAUGAGUUAUUUUCCAUAUAAUAAAUGUUAGGGGGCUGGGGCUCUAUGGCUUAACUAUACAUAAGAUUAGGAAUAAAAUUGAUUUUGAUCCUU